AUGUCCAGGAGGGGCUGGGAAAAAGAGCUGCCAGAAGCCCUGGAGAACCACGGCUCUCGUACAAGUUCUGCCUCUGCAGGGGAGGCCCUCCUCCAAAAUGCUCCACCUCGACCCACCCUGAACACCCGUGCCCCAAAUGGCACACUCCUUCAUUACUCGGUCUGCUCCUCACAGGGACCAAAACAGGCAGGCCGGCAGGAAAGCUGCGUCCACGGGCUUGAACCCCAGCCGGGGCGCUCGCCCUCGCCCUCGCCCUGCGCCGCCGCCCUCGCCGCCCUCGCCGCCGCCGAGCGGGAGGAGCCUCCGGGGCUGGGCUGCCUGGUGGCGCUGGCGCUGCUGCCCCUCCUGGGCGGCCUCCUCCCGGCCACGAUCCUCCGCCUCCGCGGCUCCCUCCGGACAGGCCUCUCCGAGAGCGGCCAGAGCAUCGUGACCUGCGCGGCCGGCGGGGUCUUCCUGGGCGCCUGCCUGCUGGACGUGAUGCCCGACUCGCUGGCCGACCUGCGCGACGAGAUGAGCCGGCGGAGCCUUUUGUCCGACUUCCCCAUGCCUGAACUCAUCCUGGCCCUUGGCUUCCUCCUGGUUCUGGUCAUGGAGCACGUGAUCUUGGACUGCACCGAGCAACACGGGGACGAGGCCUCCUUCCCACUCUUGCCCCGUGCGAGCCACCCAGAAGCCAACACCUCUCAGUGCGAUCUGGACACAGAAGCUCCUUCGCCCUUCCGCUCCCUGGUGUUGACCGUCUCCCUCUCGUUGCAUUCCGUGUUUGAGGGCCUGGCCAUCGGCCUGCAGGACACGGAGGCCAAGGUGCUGCAGCUGGCGGUGGCCAUCCUGCUUCACAAGACCGUGAUAGCCCUCAGCCUGGCCCUGCUGCUGCUUCAGAGCCGCCUCCUCUUCCGGUGGGUGGCCGCCUGCCUCGUCACCUUUGCGCUCAUGUGCCCGCUGGGCAUGAGUGUGGGCAUGGUGAUGACACACAGCCCCGAGGCGGGCAGCAGCGCGGCCCGGAGUGUGCUGGAAGGAAUAGCCGCUGGGACCUUCAUGUACAUCACCUUCCUGGAAAUCCUGCCCCAGGAGCUGCACACUCCUGCCAGCCGCUUGCCCAAGGUCUUGGCUGUGCUUUUGGGCUUCUCGGGGAUGGCUGCGCUGCGCUUCCUGGGCUAAGGCGGCCGAGGACUUGGAAUAACCUGCUGGGGCAGGGUUUCCACCUGGACAGUUUCCCAGGUUGCAGCAUCUUGAGACUGAAGGGACAGAGCCAUCCUCCUCCACUCUGGGAAGUGGGUCCUGAUGACUAUGCCUUUCAUUGUUUUUAUUAAAAAUCUCAUUUCUAUAG